CCUCGGCCUACUGAACCUGACUCUCACCUUGCCAAUUCAUGUCACAAGAGCUUGAGAGGUAUAUCAGUGAUAACUGUAUUCAGCUUUUUGGCCUCGCAGAUCGCAGCAUUGUUGACUAUGUGCUAGCAUCAGCUUCCUCGUCUAAAACACCUGACACUCUCUUCGCGGCACUUAAUGCUUCCGGUUUGCCAGAUACACCCGACGCACAUUCAUUUACGAACGAAGUAUAUCGCAGGGCACCCAGAAAGCACAAACAUAAACACUCUGCUGCAGAUAGCUCUCGUCGUCAAGCAGAGAAAGAAGUGAAGGCUCUGAAAACUCAACAAUUCUCACUGUUGCUCGAAGACGACGAAGCAGGCGCAAGCUCAAGUUCGGGGGUCCGCCUCGAGAAGAGGGACAAGAAAGACAGGAAAGAAAAGAAAGAGAAGAGACAUAGAGAGCUCAGGAAACGGGAGCGAGACGACAGGCAGUGGGAGAGCGAUGAGGAGGAGAAAACGGCGAAGAGACGUCGUAUGGAGGAAGAAGUUGACCAAUGCCGGGACGAAAACGAAGACGAAGACGAGCGGAUGGAGAUUCCCGAAGACGAAGAGACUCGAGUAGAGAGGGAACGUCAGGAAGAUAUCAGAGACCGUGACGCCUUUGCCGAACGCAUGCGCGAGCGAGACAAGGAACGGACUAAGAAAGUAGUGGAGGACCGUUCAUCGAAAAAUUCCGGGGCUGCAGCUGAAGCUGCGGAACGGAGACGGCUCGCCGACGAUGCAGAAGCUCGUGGUUUGGCUCUUCCUAGUCUUCGAUUACAUUCACGACAGGAAUACCUCACGAAGCGAGAAAUCCAGCAAAUAGAGCUUUUACGGAAGGAAAUUGCGGAUGACGAGGCGCUUUUUAGCGGAAUGAAGAUUUCUAAGCGUGAAAGGCACGAUCUUGAAAGGAAAAAGGAACUUCUCAAACUGGUCGAGGAACGACUGAAGAUCAACGACAAAUGGGACGGCUAUCAAUUACCAGAAGAUUAUCUCACUGAGCAGGGGAAGAUUGACAAGAAAAAGAAGCAUGACGCUCUGUAUCAACGGUAUGAAGAAGCGAAACCAAAGGACGAUCAAUUUGUUACCGAUGUGGACCAAUGGGAAGCCAGUCAAACUAAGCACAGUACCUUCAAGACCGGUGCCAUGGAUAAGAAAGAGAUCGUCGAGGAUUAUGAGUAUGUAUUUGACGAAAGUCAGACAAUCCAAUUUGUGAUGGAGUCGACCAUGAACCCGCAGUCGAAGAUGAGUGCCGCGGACAAGCUGUUACAAGCCCAGAUUGACGCCGCGGAAAAGCACGCUAAAACUAUUGAGGAGACCAAAAAGUCUCUCCCGAUUUAUGCCUGGAAAGAGCGACUGAUAGAAGCAGUUAAGGAACACCAGGUAUUGAUUGUGGUAGCUGAAACGGGUUCAGGCAAGACAACCCAAAUACCUCAGUAUCUACACGAAGCUGGCUAUACCACCGGCGGGAUGAAGAUCGGAUGCACUCAACCCCGUCGAGUGGCCGCUAUGUCCGUAGCUGCUCGUGUUGCGGAUGAGAUGGGGACGAAGGUUGGCUAUGAAGUCGGGUACUCGAUUCGUUUCGAGGAUUGCACUAGUGACAAGACUAUCAUUAAGUACAUGACAGACGGGAUGCUACUUCGGGAGUUCUUGACGGAACCAGACCUUGCAAGUUAUUCGGCGCUCAUCAUUGACGAAGCACACGAGAGAACUCUGAGUACGGACAUUCUCUUUGCUCUUGUGAAGGAUAUCACUCGUUUUCGACCAGACCUUCGACUGUUGAUUUCCAGUGCAACAUUGAAUGCAGAAAAGUUUAGUGAAUAUUUUGAUGAUGCACCGAAGUUUUAUGUCCCUGGUCGCACACACCCUGUCGAUAUUCACUACACACCUCAGCCAGAAGCCAACUACCUCCACGCCGCCAUCACGACCGUGUUCCAGAUCCACACAACACAACCGAAAGGAGAUAUCCUUGUUUUCCUUACCGGACAAGAGGAAAUCGAGGCAUGCCACGAAAACUUACAAGAAACUGCUCGAACCUUGGGCAAUAAGAUUGCAGAGCUCGUCAUAUGUCCCAUCUAUGCCAAUCUUCCCAGUGAAAUGCAAGCCAAAAUCUUUGAACCCACCCCAGAAGGUGCCAGGAAAGUGGUCCUGGCAACAAAUAUCGCCGAAACUUCGAUCACCAUCGAUGGUGUCGUCUUUGUGAUAGACCCUGGCUUCGUGAAGCAAAAUUCCUAUAACCCUAGAACAGGAAUGUCUUCUCUGGUUGUGGUCCCGUGUUCUCGAGCUUCCGCAAAUCAACGUGCAGGCCGUGCAGGUCGAGUUGGUCCAGGAAAGGCAUUCCGAUUGUAUACGAAAUGGGCUUUCAAGAACGAGCUUCAAGAAGACACCGUACCUGAGAUACAGCGGACGAACCUCGGAAUGGUUGUUCUGCUGCUUAAGUCUCUUGGUAUAAACGACCUCAUCGGCUUUGAAUUCUUGGACCCUCCACCCGGUGAAACUUUGAUGAGAGCCCUCGAACUAUUAUAUGCUCUCGGGGCUCUGAAUGAUCGUGGGGAGUUGACAAAGCUCGGUAGACGCAUGGCAGAGUUCCCAGUCGAUCCGAUGUUGUCCAAAGCCAUAAUUUCUAGCGAAAAGUAUGAGUGUACAGAUGAGGUGCUAACAAUAAUAUCAAUGCUAUCGGAAUCUGGCUCGUUAUUCUAUCGACCAAAGGACAAGAAGCUGCAUGCUGAUCAAGCGCGGCAGAACUUCGUUCGACCGGGUGGGGACCACUUUACGCUCCUAAAUGUCUGGGAGCAGUGGGCCGAUACCAAUUACUCGCAACAAUUUUGCUAUGAGCAAUUCUUACAGUUCAAAAGCCUCAGUAGGGCACGAGAUAUCCGCGACCAACUAGCGGGACUCUGUGAGCGAGUGGAGAUUGUGGUACAGUCGAAUCUGAACUCCAAUGAUAUCACAUCUAUACAGAAGGCGAUCACCUCCGGCUAUUUCUACAAUACGGGUCAGUUACAGAAGGGUGGGGAUUCAUACCGUACCCUUAAAACCAAUCACACUGUGUACAUUCACCCAUCGUCAAGUCUUUUCCAACACCAGCCUCCGAUCAAAACGGUUCUUUACUACGAACUGGUAAUGACAUCCAAAUCAUACAUGAGGCAAAUCAUGGAAAUAAAGCCCACUUGGCUCCUGGAAGUUGCUCCGCAUUACUUCAAACCAACGGAUGUUGAACAACUCGCCACAGGUGAUAAAAAGAUGCCCAAUACCAAGGCUUUGGGGGCUACGAAGUUGUAACAGUAAUGUUUCAUCGAAAACUUAUCGUAUGACUGUAAUGAUAGUGCAGCGUUUAAUUAUGUCGGUUGGACUUUUUGAGCGGACUUUAUAUACCUAGCUUAUAC